AUGAUCGGUCUCAAAAACAUUAACAUUAGACAAGGAAUCUACUACGAUGAUGUCUACUUAUCUUUCUCCAAUAGCUUCAACAAAUCUCCUCUCCUCAUGGCUAACUACACAAUACCAAGAUCCUAUCAAGGACACGAGAAGAGAGCCAAGAAAUGGGGACAGGCUCAGCCUUUUGACAACCAGACGACGCAAUUGAAGUACAAGUUUAUGUUUUGGAAAACAAGGACGUAUAGAUUCGAGGCUAGUGUGAAUCUUGAAGUCAACGAAGAUGGAGCCACUAAAGUCAAAGACAAAUUGGAUGGGAUUAAGAUGAAGAAAUCGGAUUCUUCUACGCGAUUAACCUCUUUAUACCUUUGUGUUUUGAUGAAUUUGAUCGUCUUCUUGGCUAUUCGUUAA